CAGUCCUUUCGUGAAUAUCGGUUAUUCUUGCAUGUAAUUGACAAGUGCGUUCAACCUUUUUGUUUGCUUACUGCAAUAUUGAAAUGUAUACUCGUGCUAUUACUAACUGUAUUCUAUGUUUUCUUACGUGUAUUUGACUUUGUUACUACUGAAUGUAAUGAGCUAUUAACAACGUUGUGACUUGUGAAUAUUCCGAAAUUUUCAUAACUUGAUUGUUACUGCUUUUUGGAUUUAACAUUAGUGAUGUUUGCAACCACUUGGUUCUUGUUUAUAUUACAGUUUCCCGGCAAAAAUAAUAUACUAAAACACAUGGCUUUAAUAAAUAUUUAAACUUGCAGUAUUACAAAAAUUUAAACACGGUAGUGCAUUACAACAUUACAGGGAACCAACAAAAAGCAAAACAUUUAGCGCAAAUUAGUAUACACGGGAGACCACUCUCGACAGCAAAUUUACGCGUUCGGUAGUUUCCGUGGGUUAAACGGCGAGAUAGUCUAAACUUACCCGUGUACUUGUGUUGUCGUCCCUGGACAGCUGGAAAUUAUGAUGAGUGACGAGGAGCAAGUACUGCAGAUCAAGGAUCUUUGUCGUCGCAGGUUACUCUACAUAGCAAAUUGCUUAGAAAACGACAGGACUACGGAUUUAUUGCCUCAGGUUGAAGAGAUUUUAACUAAUUUGCUGCAACUGUCAAGUUUCGUACCUUUGGAUGACAGCAUGAUUUUUGUUGAGGAAGCAUUGCAAACUUUACUAAAUAAUCAUGACAAUCCCCAACAUAAUACAGAGGACCCUGUCCGGGGGGUGGUGAAUUCUACUGGCAAAAGGAAGUAUGAAAUUCCUAGAGAAACUCUUUCCAUGUUAAUCUAUGAUGGGAUUAAGGUAAAACAGAUUGCAGAACUGCUUAAUGUUAGCAAACGAACAGUUGAAAGGAGGAUGCAUGAACAUGAACUGACCAUUCGACAAACUUAUAGUCAAAUAUCUGAUGAAGAACUAGUACAUGAAGUGUCAAAACUAUGUCAUGAGCACCCUAAUGUAGGAUACAGAACCAUUCAAAGCCUUUUGCAGACAAAGGGACUUCGAAUUCAGGAGUACAGAGUUAGAAAAUGUGUUAGGGACUGUGACCCUUGUGGCGUUCUGUUAAGAAGAGUAUUUUUGUCAACCUCAAGAGUGUGUAGAAGAACUUACAGCGUAUCCGGUCCUCAGGCACUAUGGCAUAUCGACGGGAACCACAAGCUCAUUAGGUGGAGGCUGGUUAUCCACGGUGGUAUAGAUGGGUAUUCAAGAUUACCCGUGUUCUUGAAAGUCAACAACAAUAAUCACGCCGACACUGUUCUACAUGCUUUCGUAGAGGCUGUUCAUAAGUUUGGCUUACCACAAAGGGUCCGUUCAGACAAAGGUGGAGAAAAUGUCAAAGUUGCCGAGUUUAUGCUGCAGCAUCAAACAGGAGUACAGAGACCUUUUAUUGCUGGAAGAUCUGUUCACAAUCAGAGGAUUGAGAGAUUAUGGAGAGAGAUAUGGACUGGCUGUACAAGUCUGUACUACUCACUGUUUUACAACAUGGAAGACGAGGGAAUUUUGGAUGUAUCCAGUGAGCUACACAUUAUGCUGCUUCACUUGGUAUUCUUACCCAGAAUACAAUCCCACUUGGAUAGAUUUGCAGAGGCUUUAAGGAGGAGACCAUUGAGGACUGAAAAUAGUAACACGCCUCUACAAUUGUGGCUUACAGGACCAAGAAAUGAUUCAUCUGUUCAUGAACAGGGAAAUAUGGAUGCUUAUGGCAUUGACUUUGAGCAGGAUCAAGUAUCAGUGCACCCGGAGUCAGUGAUAGUUCCUGAAGGCACACCUUUUCCUGAAGAAGUUUUACAACAAAUUCAGCAUAUUCUUGAUAAAGAAUCUGACUGCUUUGCCACCGACGUAUAUAGGGAAGCUUUGGAAUACAUAUACAGAAUUAACCUUGAUCUGUAAUAGCUGUGCACAGAAAGUAAACUAGCAUAAAUGCAUUAUUUAAUGCACAUUUCUGGUAAAAAGAAAUAAAUGCAAUACAUGAAA